UCAUUGCAAACAUGACGCAAAGUGGAAUCGGAGCAGCAAGUGAGACUGAUGUUGCGGCACUUAGUUCAGGGCAACCAUUGGACUUUGAUGACGACACAUUGAAAGGUAAAGACAUUCACUACUGUUAUUAGUUGAUCACCAAAAGAGCUUUGACAUAGCAAGGACGAAUGAAAUUAAAACUAUAGACAAGAACAUCACGGUGACUGGAAGAGAUAAAAAAAGGAUGCGCCAUUUUCAACGGGCAUCAUCAGCUACAACAAAAUUUAAAGUAAUUAAAUUGGCUGGAAUUGUAAAAGCAAUAUUUACACAGAACUAGCAAGUAAUUGCGUAAGAACCACGAACAGUCACUUAGAUUAUUCUAGGAGCAGGCUUAUCUUGCGAUUCACAUGACUCCAAAAAGAUCUCAACGCACAUCUUAUUCAGUGCAAUGCUUCCGCGUCCCUUUUGUCAAGUAUUUUCUGAGGAUACAAAUCAUGUACGUCUCCUUUUUUGGCAUGUUAAACAGAAAAUUUUUAUCUUAUAUCACGGUUGAUAAGUAGUGACCACCUUCACUUCAUGGAAUUAAAAUGGACUGACAAAACCUAGUAGGAAAUAAUCUUGCUUUCUAGAAAUAAGUGUCAAGCAAAACUCAGCGCAAACCUUUGCACUGACAGCGCUACCCAAAUCAAACCCUAACGGGAGGGGUUGGUAACUAGAUGGGAGAUCAGCAGCCAUAUUCUGUCCUGAACACUUUCAUUCUUUUCCUUUUUCUUUUUUUAAUUUCAUUUCAUUGAACAUCCUAUUUCUAUGACUAAUGUCAUGGUUUACGCUAUUCAUAAGGUAACUAUUAACACCCAAAGAAAUAGCGCUCAGGUUUAACGACAUUUCAAUCUGCUUCGUUGUCAGCUAAAGCAGAAGUUUACAAGACUAAAGGUAAUGAAGCGUACUUAAAGGAAGAUUACAGCAACGCAAUUUACUUUUAUACUGAGGGAAUAAAAGUAAACUGCAAGGACCAGGACCUGAAGGCUAAGCUGUACAGCAACAGAGCAUAUGCAAACCUUCGUUUUGGUGAGACUAUUUGUACUUUUGCAAAUACUGAUGUGGAAGGCCGGGAGGGGGGGGGGGGGGGGGGGGGGGAAAAAAAAAGGGGAGAGAAAUAAAAAAAAAAAAAAAAUGAAAAAACAUUUUUUUUUUUAAAAAGGGAAAAAAAAAAAAAAAAGAGAAGGAGCGGGGCCAAGGGGCAAAAGAACAAAAAAAAAAGCAAAAAACAAUUUUUUUUUUGGGGUAUUUUUUUUUAUUUUUUUAAAAUGUGGGGGGGGGGGGGGGGGGGGGGGGGGGGGGGGUGUUGGGAAGGCGGAGUAGCCGAGUGUUAAGGCAGAGGUACUGGAUUUGAAUUGAGAUUAAAAGUUUGUUUGAAAUUUCGUAGUCCGCAGAGAAAGACAUUUCUAUAAAAAUGUGAUGAUGACCAAAUAUUCUAUAUAUAUUUUUACCGAAUUGCUGAUCUCGUCAGGGAACUAUUUCAGAACGGUCCAAUCGAAGUACAUGUCAGUGAUUGACACAUGAUUAUAGGGCCGCAGCUAGGUUUUUUGUAACGGGGGACAUUAUUGCGAGUACAGAAGGCACUAGGCUUGUGCGGGGAUAUGGGGGUAUCGUCCCCCAGAAAAUUUUCAAAUUUGGAGGCUCCGAAACGUUAUUUUCAGCACUUCUCAUGAGAUAUGUCUCGGAAAAAUCGACCUCGAAUAUGAAAAUGGCGAACAAUUGCAAGUCACUAUAACCAAAAUAACUAAGUCUAAAGAAAACAAAUCCAUCCACAGACUUGAUGUGCAGCUGCCCCCCUUGCCCCCUCGCUAGCUACGGCUCUGGAUUAUAUACUUAAUAAUGAACAAUUGCGGUUUUAACUUUCAGAAUCUAAGUAUAAAAAAGGUCAAACAAACGGGUCAAACAAUAACGUUCUUGCGAGCGUUCCCUUCCAUCAUGUUGCCAUGCACCGUUAUUCUCCCGCCCUUCCCCUCCCCCAUCGCAUGCCUGCCAUGCAUGCAUUAGCUGACGUAGUUAAGUGAACUACUCGCGAAAGAAGUUUUCUUUAUCCAGUGUAAAUGAUUUUUCAUCUUGAAGUUUUUUUUAAUGUAAUAUCGUACUAAUAAAAAGCAUUACGCAUUAUCUGAUUAAUUCACUCAGAAACCUAUGACCCAUAUGGGCUCCUGAUUCACUACAUUCUGUUUUGGACUUGCUUUAACAAGGUCAUCUUGUACUUGCCACCUUUUGUUUAUCGUACGUGCUUUGAAUUCUGAUUGGUUCGCUGCGUUUGCUGUGUGUGACAUUAUGGCUUUUGUUUUUCAACAUUCCUAGGAAAUUACAUUAAUUCACUGGAGGACGCAAAAGAAGCCACGGACAUGCGACCACUGUCAGUGAAACCAAUAAUAGCAGGUAAUUCCAAAGAUUUAGUACUUUGUCCUUAAGAAACAAACAGAGUUUAUGACGUAGUGAAAGCGUUUGAAUUUAACCACAUUCUAACUCGAAACCGUAACCGGCGGUCUUUGAUUAUUUACUUUAAUUUUUUCAAACUUUUGGAAACUAUGCAAGAAUGAAAUUGAAGCUUAGAAUUAGGAUCAAUAACUGAAUUCACAAAGUCACAUCAUUUCUAUCACAGGCCUCUCGCGAGACUACGAAAACAGAACUGACUUGAUCAACUGGAAAUCAGCAAUCACCCUUCAUUGUCCUUUUGCGAUGUUGGCUGAUUAUGACAGUGGCGGUCAUGAUCAAGUCUUCUAUGUUUAACAUUUCAGUUAUAAUUUCUGUUGAUCCCGCUAAGCGCUGUUUCGAUAGAAUGGAAGAAAGGGAGCAGGCUUGUGUCGCUGAAUAUUCUAGGUUUACUGAGUUACUCUAUUUUCACUAAUUCAGGAGCGAAAGCUUUAACGAGAUUGAAUCUGUUUGAGCUGGCGAUCAUGUGGUGUGAUAGAGGAUUAGCAGUAUCCUUUUGUUCAUUGCAUUCCUGCAUCAUGAUCAAAAGAUAG